AUGCCUGAAUCAAAAGAACUUAUUUCAUCAAGCUCUUCAGGCAAUGAUUCUGAAAAUGAAGUUAACAUGAAGUUGAAGAGCAACAAGCAAGUUGCUCCAGAGAAAUUUGGAAAGAAGCAAAAGACUGGUGAAACUUCUAGAGCUCUGUCCUCUUCCAAACAGAGCACCAGCAGCAGAGAUGAUAACAUGUUUCAGACUGGGAAAAUGAGCUAUGUCAGUGUUUGGGACUUUAAAGGGAACAUUCUAAUUGAUAUUAGAGAAUAUUGGAUGGAUCCAGAAGGUGAAAUGAAACCAGGAAGAAAAGGUAUUUCUUUAAAUCCAGAGCAAUGGAGUCAGCUGAGGGAACAGAUUUCUGAAAUUGAUGAUGUGGUACGAAAACUGUAA